UUGCAUUAAAAGUUUUUAUCGAUCUUUUAAGAUUUUUUUUCUUGUGUUGGUGGAAUUUUAAAGAAUUUUUAAGAAUAAUAAGGUUUAGGACAUUGGAACUUCCAGUAUUUAUUUAACCUUAUUCAUUUUUAAAUGCCAAUACACUGAAACCAUUGCUAAAGAUCGUAAAAGAAGAUGGUUACCACGCCCCCGCAACAGUUCUGUGUUCGAUGGAACAGUUACCAGUCAAAUCUCCAAAACGCUUUUCCGAAACUCCUUACCUCCGAGCAUUUUGUCGACGUCACAUUGGCGUGCGAAAAUGAAAUGCUGAAGUGCCACAAGGUGGUGCUGUCGGCGUGCUCAACCUAUUUCGAGAAGUUACUCUUGGAUAAUCCCUGUCAGCACCCCAUCAUAUUCAUGAAGGAUAUGAAAUUUAGCGAAAUGCAAUCGCUUGUCGACUUCAUGUACAAGGGAGAAGUAAAUGUGACGCAGGACGAUUUACCUUCUUUAUUAAAAUCAGCAGAAGCCUUGCAAAUUAGGGGCCUUUGCGGAUCCGAUCAACUUCUCAAUCCAAGCUACUUCAGUAAUAUUAAAGCUGCUCCGACACAUUAUCAUCAACCAAAUCCACCAAUACAACAACACUCGACACCAAUACAGCACUCGACACCGAAAAUGGGGUCUCCUGCACCCAUAGAAAACAAAUUACAACCAAGUCAGGUACCAAUGAACAAAAACUGUGAUAUUCCAGUCAAGAAAGAAACGAAUCCAUUAGCAGAAGGUUCUGAUAGUGGUAACAAUCCUUCUUCGUCGGAAUGUGAUUCUAAUGAUGGGAUGUUGCACAUAAAAGAAGAUAUUGAAGAUGAAGUAGAUGAAACGUUUUUUGAAGGUGACCCUGAAAUGAUGGAUCAAGAAUUGACAGAAGAAGACGGGACUAUUAAUGCUAGUAUUAAAUCAGAGUUUUCACCUAUCGCCAAUGUUUCUUGUCAGUAUGACGCAUCACAAGGCAAUUCAACAAGAAGGAUCCGCAGAACCGACGAAGAGCUCCGAAGAGCAGCAGAAUGCAUCACCAGAGGACAAACGUUCCAAACCGUCAGCGACCAGUUCAGCAUCCCAAUUUCCACAAUACGUUUCUACAUGGCGCGAAAAGGCAUUUUGCCCAGACGCAAGAGGGGAAGGGCGUGCGCGGGGCCCAUGGGCAUGGGGGGCAUGGGCAUGUCAAUGUCGAUGCCCAUUUCUACUUCUUACAACUCCCCCGCCAGUCCGAUAGGCCCUCCUUACCAUAUCGUCCACUACAAGUUACCGUCGUUGGGCGUCUCCAAGUUAAAAUAGGUGUAGUUUAUUUUUUAGUACUUACACUGAAAAAUGGAAGUAUUUUUUGGUUUUUAAUUAUUAUUGUUUCGGGUUCCUCGUUUAACAAGUUCCUUUAUUCGUUUGUUUUAUUGGUAAAAAUGAUGGUGCUGCUGUGCGGUCAUUGUACAGGGCUGUCCAAACGUUAAAGCUAACAAAAUUCUAAUAACAUUUUAUAGAUUGAAAACCUGCUGCAAAAAAUUAGUUAUUUUAGGCUGAAUUGAAACCAUACCAACCAUGUGUUACUCUAGUGCAAACAAAAACCCUAGUUAUUGUUAAAAGGAGGCUGUCAGAUUUUAUUUGACACCAUGCAUUAAAAUAGAAGCACUCUUCGUUUUAAUAUCGAAAUAUUUACUAAAAUCAAAGCUAACACUCUUAGUUUCUCUCGCAGAAAACAACGGUGGUAAAAUAAUAAGCGCUUUUUAAUUAUUGUUUUUUUUUUCAGAAACAGAUUUUAUUAAUCAAACUUAAAGGUAAUGCCGAAUUUUGGCACAAUUCUCAAAGUUGUAGCAGGUUUUGGUUCUUUAUUUUAUGUCAUUUAGGAGUGGGAUAGUGUGUUCUAGGCCACUGGAGAUUGUGAUUUUGAAUCCUAUUAUUAAGAAAGUAAAUCUGAUUUAUACAAAAAUAAUAUGUUUGAAAACUCGGAUUUUAAUUUUGCUGAUUUUAUUACAAUAGUAUAUUCAAUUUUCUGACAAAUUCUAUGUUCCCAAAUAUUAAAAUAAAAGUGAUAUUGUCAAAAUGCGAAUGAAGUAAAAAUAAGUAAAAUUGCAGAUAAGAUGUUACUUUAUUUUUAAUGCAAACGUUUGGACGCGCUGUAUAAGAAUUGGACAAUCUUUAAUUUAUUUAGAAUGGCUGGAACCCUAAAAAAUGUAUUUUUAGAAAAAUAUCUGUAAACAAUUUUUACGAAUAAAACAAAUUUUUAGAGGGACAAACUCCAGGUACCAGAUGAUUACGUGCGAUAUUAUAGUUAUUAAUUUUUUUCUUUUGUAAGCGUACGAGGCUACUUUUGUCACAUAGAAAAAAAAAUAUAUGUUGUAUUUUAAUUAGUACAAAAAAAAAACAGUAUUUGUCUUCAGAAACGAUUUAAUUUAUUUUAAUCCCUAGGUUAAUUUAUAUUAUUUAUUUUGUGUUGUGGUAAUUUUGGUAAAACGAAAAAAAAAACGGUUCUUUCAGCAAAAAUUGUUUCAUAUAGACUAAAAACAAAUGAUUUUUUCAUUGCUUGACUAAAAAAAUAUAUAAGCUUAACAUGAGAAGACUACUUUUAGCAUAACUAUGGGGGCUACAUUGCACCUCCUACAAUAACCCUGGCCCUUCAAAGAAAUGCAUACAUGCGACAAAAUGGCACUUCGUACUACUUAACAUUUGGAAUACAAUGGGCCUGUCCCUAACCAGAAAAAAUGUCCAAUUACGUCUGUGUGAAUGUAUACCAAUGUUUCUUGAUGCACAAACUUCAUAGCUCUUUCUAAAAAGAGGACAAAAAUGUGCUUUGUUUCUUCUAUCUAACGACUCUCCCUACUGUUUACAUAGCUGAUACUUUAUUCUUAACCAUCCACACAAGUCCCAUCAUCUGGAGAGUCCUAGACAUUUGCUUUUGCAUAGUUCCUUGUCAUAUCAUUAAAUGAAGUAUAUUUAUAAUCAGUUUCACAAAAACAAGCAUCAAGCGAACGUAGUCUAAUGAAUAAGUCAUCAGAUACUGAAGAAGUCUAGUCAAAACAUGUUAGGUAAAUUAGUUUGGUUUCUUUAAUUUUUUUAUGUAAAGUUUUGGUUACUUUCUAGGACUCGUCAGGUAUUUGGACUCGUGCGGAUGGUUAAUAUAAUUACUGCAUUUCCCGGCCUUUCCCUAUUCUUUUUAAUAAUAAUUAUUGCCUAAACCAUUUAUUUACUGCUGACAUAACAUCAUUGUCACUAGAAAAUGUCCUGCCACGCAAAUUAUAUUUUAGUUUCGAUAACAAUUUGUAGUCGCUAG